UACAUCCGCACAUAGAAGAAGAGCUCAGGCAACAUGGCGGACGCACUUUACACGCAGCUUCAACUGCACUGACAAAUUCUAUUGUGUUACUGGUGUAACUCGUUUUAAAAUUGUAUAUCUGUUUAUUUAAAUACUUUUGUUUCUAUAUAGCGAGUGCUAUGGGGAAAAAAGAAAAGGGUGACAGAGAGAAAAGGUCCAAAAAACGCUCUUAUGAAGAUGAGGAUUAUGAAGAGGACGCCCCUGGCGCAGAGUCACAGGAAGCCGUACCCACGGCGGCUGGAAAGCAGGUGGACGAAUCCAGCACUAAACUGGACGAAUAUGGAGCAAAAGACUACAGAUUACAGAUGCUGCUGAAGGCAGAUCAUUCGUCUCGACCUCUGUGGGUGGCUCCUGAUGGUCAUAUCUUCCUGGAGGCGUUUUCACCGGUCUAUAAGUACGCUCAGGAUUUCCUGGUGGCCAUCGCCGAGCCGGUGUGCAGGCCCAUCCACGUGCACGAGUAUAAACUGACCGCCUACUCGCUGUAUGCUGCUGUGAGCGUUGGCCUGCAGACCUCAGACAUUAUCGAGUACCUGCAGAAGCUUAGCAAGACGUCCGUCCCUGACGGCAUCAUUCAGUUCAUUAAGUUGUGCACAGUGAGCUAUGGGAAAGUCAAGCUGGUCCUGAAACAUAACAGGUAUUUUGUAGAAAGCGCCUUUCCAGAUGUGAUCCAGCGACUGCUUCAGGACCCGGUGAUUCGUGACUGUCGUCUGCGCACCGCUGAGGGGGAGGAGCCUGAGCUCAUAACGGAGGUCAUCUCUAACAAACCUGCAAUCUCUAAGACUCAAGAUAACGGUGGCGCUUCGACGUCUCAGUCGGCGGACGGACAACGCGGGAGUUCCCAGGUCCCAGAGGACAUCUACAGCUAUUAUGAACAGAUGGACAAAGAGGAGGAGGAAGAGGAGGAGACGCAGACGGUCUCUUUCGAGAUCCGCCAGGAGAUGAUCGAGGAGCUGCAGAAGCGCUGUAUCCAGCUGGAGUACCCUCUGUUAGCCGAGUACGACUUCCGCAACGACACCGUAAACCCCGACAUCAACAUGGACCUGAAGCCCACCGCCGUGCUCAGGCCCUAUCAGGAAAAGAGCCUGCGCAAGAUGUUCGGCAACGGUCGAGCUCGCUCCGGCGUGAUCGUCCUGCCAUGCGGAGCAGGGAAGUCUCUGGUGGGAGUCACGGCAGCCUGCACUGUGCGUAAGCGUUGCCUGGUGUUGGGGAACUCCUCCGUCUCGGUGGAACAGUGGAAAUCCCAGUUUAAGAUGUGGUCCACCAUCGACGACUCGCUGAUCUGCCGAUUCACUUCAGACGCCAAGGACAAGCCCAUCGGCUGCUCGGUGGCCAUCAGUACAUACUCCAUGCUGGGCCACACCACCAAGCGCUCUUGGGAGGCGAGAGUAAUGGAGUGGAUGCGCAGCCAGGAGUGGGGGCUCAUCAUCCUCGACGAGGUCCACACAAUCCCAGCGAGGAUGUUCAGGCGUGUUCUGACCAUAGUCCAGGCCCACUGUAAGCUGGGUUUGACAGCGACCCUGGUCCGAGAAGACGAUAAAAUCGUUGAUCUCAACUUCCUGAUUGGACCCAAAUUGUACGAGGCCAACUGGAUGGAGCUGCAGAAUAACGGCUACAUUGCUAAAGUGCAGUGUGCUGAGGUGUGGUGUCCGAUGUCCCCGGAGUUUUAUCACGAGUACGUGGCUAUAAAGACGAAGAAACGGAUCCUGCUUUACACCAUGAACCCCAACAAGUUCCGUGCCUGCCAGUUCCUCAUCCGCUUCCACGAGAGACGCAACGACAAGAUCAUCGUCUUUGCCGACAACGUCUUCGCGCUCAAAGAAUACGCCAUCCGCCUUAACAAACCGUACAUUUACGGACCCACGUCACAAGGGGAGCGAAUGCAGAUCCUCCAGAAUUUCAAGCACAACCCAAAAAUCAACACCAUUUUCAUCUCCAAGGUAGGAGACACGUCCUUCGACCUGCCUGAGGCAAACGUUUUGAUUCAGAUCUCAUCUCACGGCGGAUCCCGUCGUCAAGAGGCUCAGCGACUGGGCAGAGUUUUGCGUGCCAAGAAAGGAAUGGUUGCUGAGGAAUACAACGCCUAUUUCUACUCAUUAGUGUCUCAGGACACACAGGAAAUGGCCUAUUCGACAAAGAGACAGCGCUUCCUGGUGGACCAGGGAUACAGUUUUAAGGUGAUCACCAAGCUGGCAGGAAUGGAGGAGGAGGACUUGAUGUUCUCUACACGUGACGAACAGCAGCAGUUACUGCAGAAAGUUCUAGCAGCGACUGACCUGGAUGCAGAGGACGAGGUGGUGACCGGAGAGUUCGGAGGAAAAUCUCAGUUUUCUCGCCGGCCCGGUACCAUGAGCUCCAUGUCAGGGGCAGACGACGCCGUCUACAUGGAGUACCACACGUCACGCGGCAGCAAGAUGGCGGGCAUUAAGAACAUUCACCCUCUCUUUAAACGCUUCCGGAAGUGAGCACGGAGAAGAACAGCACUUCGGAUACUCACUCAUAGGACGUUUCCGAGUCCCAAACUUGAUGUUUUUAUUAGAAUAGGACCAACACAGUGUCAGUGAGAGACAAGGAAGAGAAAGAGAGGGUACAGUUACAAUGUUGUGUUGUUUUUACAUAAACUUAAGCACUAAUGGAAAAGAAAUAAAGACUGAAACUGAGAUGUUAUGACCCGCAUUCAAGCCUUUUUUGAUGUUCUGUAAAAGUAGUUUGAAUUGUGCAUAUUGGGAAAGAUGCUGCCAUGAACCUGAUUUGUCUUAAAUAUGUUCUUUAUUUGCUCUUUUUUUUGUAGUACGUGCAAAUUCUUCCAACUGGCUAAAUAAAAGAUUUCGUAAAUCUGUA